GACGAUCUAAAGCAGCAUCACACUUUUCUGCUGGAAUUGGGCUCUUCUGGAAACGGGCCUUUAGAGAAAAAUCUUUGGACUGCUGCUGCUGUUGCAAACUGAUGCAUAAACGGUGCAAUAGUUUAAUAACUGUAUUGUGAGCACAGAUGAGUGUCAGUUUUUGGCUCUUCUGUCAGAGUGAGAAGUGAUUGUGUGACUGAAGCAGCAUCACACUCUUCUGCUGGUUUUGGGCUCUGGAAACUGGACUUUGGAGAAAUGAUGCUCAUCUUUGGACUGAUGCUGCUGCUGCAAACUACUGCAUGUCUGGAUCUGUUCUGCAGGUUUGAUCAGUUUGAUCUCUGUUACGCAGCUCUGGGACACAAACUCAAUCUGCUUAUGGUGCUGGACGCCAGUAAAUAUGACCUGGGGUUACGUCACAGAAUAAAUAACACACAAGAUGAUCCAGUUUGUAGAGUAAAGAAUGGCAGGAUGAAGGAUUGUGAUCUUUAUAAUAACAGACCUGAAGUGACAGUCAUUAAUGGGACUCUGAUAAUAAAGCGUGUGAUCAGAGCAGAUUCAGGGAAUUACACAUUAAAACUCAGUCCCUCGGAUGGCACAGAAACAUCUAGAGAUCUUCAAGUGAUUGUUGAAGCUCCUAUUGGCUCAGUGGAAGUGUCAAUCAGCUGCUCCUCCAGUGGGGUGAUGAGAGCGUCCUGCUCCUCUGAGGGGGAUCAGCUCCUCUAUAACUGGACUCUGAAUGGAGAUCCACUGAUAGAUGGAAACAGAAGCAUUGAUCUGGAUGAGGAAACCGAUGGAAACAUCAGCUGCAGCGUGAAGAACCACGUCAGUCAUGGACAGAAGACCGUUAGAGUCAAACCCUGUCCUGGACCAACUACUGCACCUGUGACCUCUAGUUUGACCUCUACAUCGACACAGACAUCAGAUUACAGUCUGGAGUUAAACUGCAGUUUUAAUCAGUCUGAUUCCUGUUAUGCAGCUCUGGGACACAAACUCAAACUUCCAAUGGUGCUGGACGCUAGUAAAUACGACCUGCAGUUAAAAAAGAGAAUAAACAACAACACAGCACAUGAUCUAGUUUGUAGAGUAAAGAAUGACAAAAUGAGGGAAUGUGAUCUUUAUAAUAACAGAGCUGAAGUGACAGUCAUUAAUGGGACUCUGAUAAUAAACCAUGUGACCAAAGCAGAUUCAGGGAAUUACACAUUAACACUCAGUCACUCAGACGGCACAGAAUUAUUUCAAGGAAAUCUUCAAGUGAUUGUUGAAGCUCCUAUUGGCUCAGUGGAAGUGUCAAUCAGCUGCUCCUCCAGUGGGGUGAUGAGGGCGUCCUGCUCCUCUGAGGGGGAUCAGCUCCUCUACAGCUGGACUCUGAAUGGAGAUCCACUGAUGGUUGGAAACAGCAGCAUUGAUCUGGAUGAAAGAACUGAUGGAAACAUCUGCUGCAGCGUGAAGAACCACGUCAGUCAUGGACAGAAAACCAUUAGAGUCAAACCCUGUCCUGGUCUGGAUCGGUUCUGUAGGUUUGAUCAGUCUGAUCCCUGUUACGCAGCUCUGGGACACAAACUCAAUCUGCUGAUGGUGCUGGACACUACUCCUAUUGGCUCAGUGGAAGUGUCAAUCAGCUGCUCCUCCAAUCAGACUUCAGUGUCCUGCUCAUCUGAGGGUGAUCAGAUCAUCUACAACUGGACUCUGAAUGGAAUAAUAUUAGAACAAGGACCAAUGGUUAGAAACACUACCAUUCAGCUGAAUGAGGGAACUGAUGGAAACAUCAGCUGCAGCGUGAAGAACAACGUCAGUUAUGGAGAGAAAACCAUUAGAGUCAAACCCUGUCCUGUACCAACUACUCCAGCUGUGACCUCUACAGUGACCUCUACAGUGUCCAGCACUACACAGACGUCACAUUAUGGUACGAGUUUCUCAUCAGCUGGUACGAAUCAAACCCUCACUCAGAGCACUGAAGCAAAUCCACUGACGUUUGUAGUUUAUCUGAUCGCAGGCUGCGCUGUGCUGAUUGUGAUUCUGCUGUUCAUCACCGCAUGUUAUGUUUACAAGAAGAAACGGCUCAAGUCAACACCAGACGCUGCUGGAGAUACAGAGCUCACAUACGCGGAUAUCUCUGAGAAAAAGGAAUCACUCCCGACUGCUGAUGGGGAAUACGCUGCGGUCAGACGGCAGACAAAGAGGAAGGAAAGGAAGAAGGAGGAGGACGAGGUGCAGUACGGCGAGGUGACAUUCAUUUCGAACCGCUCGAAAGCUCUGCAGCCUCAGGAGGAGUGUAUUUACUCGCAGGUAGUGAGACGCUAGUUUCACAACAACUCGUCAUGUCUGAUUGCACUGGGAAAUCAAGCACUUAUGUUCACUUAAAUUUGACUUUGGAAGUUUCACAGUUGAUAUAAAGCACAUGUGACAUGCUGUAUGUUGAUAUGGACUGUAGAGUGUGGCUUUAACUUACAUGUCUGGGCUGAACUGUAAGAUGUUGUGUAAGCAAGACAAUGACAAAAAGAGGAAACCAAUUGCAUGUUAUUUUUCCCACAAACUACUGAGCACUUCUGCCUUUAGCACUUCUCGAGUUGCAUCUGCGACUAUAUGACGGCAAGAGAGUUUAAAUGAAAAUCUUGUAUUCGUGAAACUCAAGGUUAUCAAUGUGCUCAAGUCAUUAAAACACAGCAGUUGGUGAUUUUGAAUUACUGAAACAUUUAAAAGCAACUGAAAUUCAGAAGUUACAGAAAUCGGAGCUUUGCUAGAGCAUUCACACCGCAUGCAGAGGCGGCGCGGCAGCGCAAAGCAGAAGCGGCAGUGCCAGGAUCAUUUUGGCGCAGAGUCUAUUUUUGCUGCGCCACUUACGCUGGAUUAAA